UGCUGGUGCCAGUCUCGAGAUGGGACCGCUACAUUGUUGUUCACCUGCAACUACAACAAUGCUUGUCAACUAAAUAUGGAGACGAACUCUUAACCGUUCUCCAGCAUGGGGUUUGCCUUGGUGGGUUUGCAGCUAGCACUUCCCCAUCAUCAGAGUCCUCUGACGCAUGCAGUUCAUCAGGUAAUUCCACCCAUGGCCAGGAAGGAGGGUCACCUGUAUUUAAGUGGUCAUGUUUGUACAGUUGCAACUAUAAUCACAUGCAGUUAAAUAUUUAGAGCCACUGAAGACAAAGAACGUUACAAACUUUUAUAGUCGAAAACGUACACCAACAUUGAAACUUUAUAUUCAAUACUCUCGGCUUGGCUUCAAAAUACAGAGUGCACAGAACUGCAGAACACCACUGGUCUGCCGAUGAGGUCACCACACAUGUCAUUUCUGAAUCAUGUCAAGCAAAGAUCGAUCCCAACUAGCCAUCUAAACUGUUAUAAUAUCCCUGCAGACUACAAGGCAUCACUUCUGUUUGGCUUAGGCAAUUGUGUGAUUAGUGGCUAUGACAAGCAUUCUUACAGCCUUACAAUGAACGCAGUUUAUCCUAGUCAUAACAUGGAACCUUGCAGGGUUGGAACUGCAAUAGACAGAUGUCAAAAUGGUGACUUUGACAUGCUUGCACAAGGAAACGAACAAAGUGAAGACACCAGAAAACUCCAACAAGGGGUGAGCACUAUAGUUCAGAUUGGUAACUACAGCAAGACAGAAGGAGAAAAUACAUCUGCAAACCUGAAUAAUGGUGAAACAACUGUCACCGACCACCAUGAUGAAUGCAUCAUUCAUAGGGAAGAUGCAAAUCGUCCAAUCUGCCCAACAAGCUCUGAUCAAAUCAGUAUCUCUCCUGAUAGUGGCAAUGAAACUGACCAGGCUGCCGACAGCAGAGAUAACGACACACCUCUUCAUACUUUUCUCAGUGAAGCAAAUUACAAAGACAUGCAGUCAGGGCAAAAACAUACAAGCAACAGUGAUGUUGGAAGAGCUGUUGAGAACUCAGAGUCUACAAACAACAAACCCAUAGUUCAUGGUCAAGGUCAGGUUUUGCCAAGUGCACAGCCAAAUUCUUGUGUAGCAAAUGAUAGUUACUGUAAUAACUGUCCAACAUUACAAGAAGCAUCAGUGGAUACAAGCAAUGUAGAGGCAGGUGCAGAGGAACAGGCUACCACAUGCUUACAUCUUGCAUCAUGGUCAGAGACCAAAACCACAAAGAGGUCAGAUGCAGGCACACUGGAGGUUGCUCAGCAUGCCAUUGGCUACAACAUACAAGUGUCUUCCAGAGAUCCAGCAUCAUUCAGCUUAUCUACAUCAGAGCUAGAACAAGGCAAUUGUGAUAUUGUGAUUGACAGACCAAAAGAGGUAGUCAUACAUGAUCAAGAAGAGGUGAAGAACUCAAGUUGUGUGCAGUUGGGUAAUAACAAUGUUUGCUCUUCUGGCGGAACAGAAGAGUGCACAAGUUCAGCCCUAGUUCCUUCCUCUGGUGCAAUAGCACGUCACCCACGGUUUAUCAUCCGUGAGCCUGAAUCUGUCGUUGUGUAUAGUAAGAAGGGUAUUGACAACUGCGAAAACGUGCAAAUUGGAAACAACAACCUUAUGGAUUUGGAGAGAAAAGUGCUGCCCCAGAAUGAAGGAAUUAUGGAGAUCUGCUUCAAGGCUGGCAUCAAUCCGAGAAAGAAAGAGGACAUACGUGCAAAGCUCCAAGACCCAGGCAUUCAGGAUCGGCUUGCCACUUUGAUUGCAGAACGAUGUAGCGUGGACUGCACAGUAGAAAGUGUUGAAGAGGGAUGCAUCUUACUUAAGAUUAAGGUUGCAACGGAGGCAGACCGUCUACAGCUCAUCCGCAAGGCAAGAGAUGGGACAUUGCAGCAAAUCCUCAUCGAGACAUUCCUACCGGAGUUUGCAGAAAAAGGGAUCGAUGUGCCCAUUAACUUGGCCAUCGGCGUGAGGAACCCUUCCCAGGAAAUGGUUCAUGAACUUGAACAGGCUGUGGCAUCAAGCAGGGAUGAGAAUGUUGUGGUGAUAAAGAUCCGUGGUGGUGCAGCUACAGAUGAACAAGCCCAACUGCACCAAGGACAAAUUGGGAGCCCAAAGCAGUCUGACGAGAAAGCUGUGUCAGUCGAAGGACAAGAGGAUGUUCAGAUGGAAGAUUUUGGAGGUCCUUCAAGUGCACAGAUAGCUGCUGCCCGUGUGGAUGGUACGUCUGCAUCAACGACAUCGCAGCAACCCCGACCCAUCAAGGACUUACCGGUAGCACAUUUGGACAGCAUGUCAGUCUCAGCUGGAGAUGUUGGUGGUGGAUGUGAGAAAACUGGUGAGCAAGAGGCUCGCCUACACCACGGACACCCAGAGAAGAUCAAAGAACAGGAUUCCAUCGUGAAAUCCAAGAGUGUUUCUCCAAGAAAAUCAGGCAUUCAAAGAGCAAAGACUAAGCUAACAUGCGUGGUGAAAGAGUUUUGUGUACUGGACAAAAUCCUUGCAACUGGGUUUAAUUUGGAUGUUGUAGAGAGGGGAUACGGGCAAAUUCUGAUCAAUGCUAUUAGUAGUGAAGAUGAGGUUUUGGAAUGUGAGGCAUUGAAAAGUCUUGGUGAUUUGUACUUGCAGAAAGCUAAGAUGAAUAAUCACAAGGCUAAGAGUUUUAACAAGGCCUGUGGAUUGUACACAGAAGUCUUACAAUGUUGUAGCAGUAGGCAAGAGAAUGAAGCCAUAGAGCAUCGUAUCAAAUAUGCAGAGAAGUGUACGAAGCUGGUAUACUGUCAAAGUACCAUGGAAUCAGAUGAUGAGAUUUUAGAUGUGUCAACGGAGCUUUGUGAAUUGGAAAGAAAGACGUGGUUGAAAGGAUAUGGUUUGGCUCCCUUGAUUGAAGCUUAUACCAAAUACUUUGUGACUGCAGUUGUCAGUAGAAAGAGAAGUCAGAAAGUAGAAUCAUUGAAAAGCCUUGGAGAUCUGUACCUAGAGAGGGGACAGGUUGGUGAGGAUGAGACAGCAUUCACCAAAGCAGGUGGCCUGUACCGAGCAGCACUGCGCUGCUGUGAAGAUUCAGACGGAAGAGAAACGCUGGAACAUCGCAUCAAGUAUGCCGAGAAAAUAAAGCAAGCUGGAGUCAAGAAGCGACAAGAUAGGCGACUAUCUAGGAACUGGAGAGUAACCUCUACAUUCAGGUCUUAUCCAAUUACAAGUCAGGCAACCUCUGACGUCAUCGAUCAAACAAAUAGGCAAGGAAUGGAGGUAGCACUGACCAACACGUCAUAUACAGAACUUCUUCAGGAGGGCUGCUGGGCCCUGAAGACAGGGGACCUGGACAGGGCAGAACUAGUCUUUGCAGCUGCACUCAAGGCCAUUCACAUGAAAGAUCCAAAUAUAGAUCAAUACAAAAAAGAGGCAGAGAUCCUAUGCAAGUUAAGUGAUGUCUACCUGGAAAGAGGCAUACAGUCAGAAGACGGAGGCGAUUUCACCAAAGCUGCAGCACUCUGCAAUUCCGCACUGGUGAGAGCAAUGACAGAAGAUAGGGCAGGCAUCAAACAAGCAAUCCUACGAACUAGCCAAAUGUUUGUUGAGCAUGUACUGGGGAUCAAGCAAGCAGUGGCUAUCGGUGACACAGAGAAACACAAAUUGACAUUGACGGAAAGUCGCAGGCAGGUGGAAGAUGAGAUGAAUAGAAUUGAACUAGAGAUAAAUCCUUAUAAACUCGAUGACAAUGAUCCAAAGAUAAGAGAAGUGGAGAAGGAGAGAGGAAAAGCAAUCAUGACCUUGUUUCAAACCAUUGCUCAACAGAGAAAAAUGUUUUUAGCUGGCCUUGUAGAUGAAUGUGUGGAGGUAAUGGGGCCCCCACCCUGCAAGUAUGCCCUGAUAGGACUUGGUUCACUGGCUACAGGAUUAGUAACUCCUUACUCUGAUCUGGAAUUUGCCAUUCUGAUAGAGGAAGAGACAGAGGGCAACAUCAAGUACUUCAGGAACCUUACUCAUUAUCUGCAUCUCAAAGUCAUUGAUCUGGGAGAAACCAUUCUGCCGGCCAUGGGGAUUAAGUCUCUUAAUGACUUUUACUCAAACGACCCACUGGACAACUGGUUCUACGACUCUGUAACACCUCAUGGGUUUGCGUUUGAUGGAGCCAUGCCAAAUGCAUGUAAGACUCCUCUGGUCAGGGGUAUAACUAUCGAACUUAUUCACACACCAAGGAUGAUGACCAAGAUCAUUGAAGAUGACCUGACUUUGCAUUCAAAGAAAGGCUACAGCCUUGCCAGCAUAUUGGGAAACGUAUGUUUGAUCACAGGAGAACAGGACUUGGUCGAUGCUUAUUUCACUUUAUGGACUCGGGAAAUGUAUGAGUUACAAGCUUGUCACAUACUGGCAGAAGGAACAAAUCUUGUGAUGUUCAAAAGAACUUCACAUCCACUUGAUGCAAAGAAAGAAAUCUAUCUGUUUCCUACCCUUGCUGUGAGUUGUUGGGCACUACUCUGUGGCAUACAACCCACCACAAUAUGGGAAACCAUUCAGAAGAUGCACAUGAAAGGUGUCAUCAACACUGAAAACACACAUCACUUGAUGGUGAUGGUCAGUAUCUCAGCAGAAGUGAAGCUAAGGACAUUCAUGAACAACCGUGGUCAAACAGAGAACAUGCCAGCCUUAUUUUCUAUGGAUGCUGACACAGAUAUUGGGGAGAAGUUGAAUGAAUUGUUUUACUAUUCAACUACAAAACAACUGAUGAGGUACUAUAACACAGCAACUCCAUUAAAGGGCUUUAUUUCACAAAUUACGAAAAUCAAGCCACCAGCCAUAGGACCAUCUAUAUUGUUUGACAAUUCAUCAACAUUACAAGCAGAAGUGUACACAAGACUGUGUGAUUACGAAAAAGCGAAAACAUGCAUAACAUGGUCAUUAUGGGAUGAUGGUUCUAAGCUUGGUAGAGAAAAAGAACAUAUUAACCUUGCCAAUUCACUCAUCAACUUGGGUACCAUCUGGUGGAACCUUGGUGAUUACAGAAAGGCCAUCAGCUGUUAUGAAAAGUCACUACAGAUGAAGCGAGAGAACACAGUGGAUCCUGUCAUCGCCACAUUACUUAACAACUUGGGCGUCAUCUGGAGUGAGCUUGGUGAUGUCAAAAUGGCUGUCAACUAUUUUGAACAGUCAUUACAAAUGAAGUGGAGUAUCUGUGGUAAGCACGCCACACAUCCUGACAUUGCCAAGUCACUUAACAACUUGGGUACCACCUGGAGUAGCCUUGGUGAUCACAUACAGGCUGCUGUGUAUUAUGAACAGUCACUACGGAUGAUGCAGAGUAUCUAUGGUAAGAACACUGCAAAUGCUGACAUAGCCACGUCUCUUUACAACUUGGGUGACACAUGGUGGUGUCUUCGUGAUUACAGAAGGGCCAUCAACUAUCAGGAACAGUCACUACAGAUGGAGCGGGCUAUCUAUGGUGAGAACACUGCACAUCCUCGUAUCGCCAUGUCACUUACCAACUUGGGAACCACCUGGAGUAGCCUCUGUGACUACAGAAAGGCAGUCAGCUAUCAUGAACUGUCACUACAGAUGAAGCGAAAUAUCUAUGGUGAGAACACUGCACAUCCUGAUAUCGCCAUGUCACUUACCAUUUUAGGUACCACCUGGAGAAGACUUGGUGAUGUCGGAAAGGCCGUCUACUAUUUUGAAAAGGCCAUCAGCUUUGAUCCCUAUUGGUCACAGCAGAUGAUGCAGAGUAUCUAUGGUGAGGACACUGCACAUCCUGACAUCGCUAUGUCCCUUACCAACUUGGGUACCACCUGGAGUAGCCUUGGUGAUCACAGAAAGGCCAUCAGCUAUCAUGAACUGUCACUACAGAUGAAGCGAAAUAUCUAUGGGGAUAACACUGCGCAUCCUGACAUUGUCAAUGUACUUAUCAUCUUGGGUAAUGCCUGCAGUCAGCUUGGUGAUCACAGAAAGGCGAUCAGCUGUUAUGAACAGUCACUACAGAUUGGGCAGAGUAUCUAUGGUAAGAACACUGCACAUCCUGACAUAGCCAAGGCACUUGAAAACUUGGUUAUCACCUGCAGUCACAUUGGUGAACACAGAAAGGCCAUUGCCUAUCGUGAACAGUUCCUAAAGAUGAUGCAGAGUAUGUAUGGUAAGUUUAAGAACUUGGGAAAUGCUUCAAGUCACCUUGGUGAUCAAAGAAAGGAUGUCAUAUCUUAUGAAGAGUUGCUACAGAUCAGUCAGAGUAUCUAUGGUGAGAGCACCGCACAUCUUGACAUGUCACUUACCAACUUGGAUCACUUGGAGUAACCUUAUUGAUAACAGAGUGGCUGUCAGCUGUUUUGAACAUUCAGUGCAGAGAAAACACCAGACAUCAGUCUCUAACACCAGACAUCUUGUCAUUGCCAAAUCACAAAACAACUUUGGUAACGCAAGGAGUGACCCUGGUGAUCACAGAAAAGCCAUCAGCUAUCAUGAAAGGUCACUAAAGAUGUUGCAUAUGAGUAUUAUGCACUUUCUAACACUGACAAUUCACUCAACAAUGUGGGUGAUGCAUUGAUUUUCAUUCAAGUUGGUGACCACAGAAAGGCCAUUGGCUUAGCUGCCGUCGCCGUUAUAUCAUGAACAGUAACUGCAGAUGAAGCAAAGUAUUCAUGGAAAAAAACGUGCAUCCUGACAUCGCCAUCUUAACCACUUUGGUAACAUCUGGUAUAACCUCAGUUACCACCUGAAGGCCCAAAGCUAUCAAGAACAAUUAACAGAAGAGGCAGGGUAUCUAUAGUGAGGACACUAACACAUACUGGUGUUGCCCAGUCACUGCAUGGGUGUAUUGGUUUAUUCCAAUGGGUUCUUGGUCAUUUCAUAUACUAUUAGGCCUUCUGAUAUUUUGUAGCUAUAGGCAUUCAGUUUAUAAACUAUGUACCCGGUAUUGCGAGGACACUGCAUGCCCUGAUGUUGAAAACACACAUAAGAUGCUGACUAUGACUUGAGACAACUUGAUCACAGUUUGUUUUUCUUGAUAAAUCAAUUGGAGGAGUAACAUGUACAUUUUACCUACUGUCUAUACCUGGUGUAGAGCAAAUUGUCUUUGCUUGUCAUGAAGGCAAAAAUGAGUGAACUGGGUGAAAUCAAUGCCUCAGGCAUACAAGGCCACAUCAUUUUGGGGAAACAAUCAUUGAAUUUCCUUAUCAAUGGUGGGAAAUCCCGCCAGAUCUUUACUUUGUUUAUGUCAAUUAUCUUUUGCAGAAAUGAACUUGUAUGAGAGUGAAAAUUUGUUUCAACUCAAGGUUACAAUAAAACAGAAUUGAGCUUGUGAACUAUUUGUUGUAAAAGAUAAUAAUACCCAAACAAUGGAAAUCAACAGCAACAAAAUCGACCACAGGCAAAGCUAUUGCAACCUCCAACUAGCAAGAAAAGUCUGCUGAUACAUAUGUCUGCCUUACAUCAAAGCUUUGUAAAGCAAAUGUCUGUGUUACCUCUGGUCCGAAAUGAAUGGGAAACUACCCACAGUAUACAAAAUCUUUAUGAAAAUAUGUAUGGAUCAUCAAACAAAUUAUCCUGUGUAAUAAUGUAGGGAAUCACAUUGUGGAUUUGAAUUAUAGAAAAUAGAAUACAUCAGAUCCUGCCAUGGCAAGUUACUACAUAUCUGAAAAACAUGUCAAAUACCUCUAAUGUACAUAACUGUGUAUAGGAACAAGUUAUGAGACUUUAAAAAAAAACUUCUACGAUAUCAUACACAAGAGCUUUAAAUAUACGAUAAGAAUUGCAAUAAAAGAAAUUAUUAUUGGA